AAGCCCAAAGCUCUCUCAUGUCUUUCCCAAAUUCAAGGAUCUCCCACUAUACUCCCAAUCCCUUCUUUCUCCUCUUUCUUCUUUCUUCUUUCUUCUUUCUCAUUUCUGCAUAGCUGCUACUGCUAUCCCUUUUCACCAUGGCGAAUGCGGCGUCUGGAAUGGCCGUGGAAGAUGACUGUAAGCUGAAGUUCUUGGAGCUAAAAACAAAGAGGAACUACCGUUUCAUCAUCUUCAAGAUUGAAGGCCAAAACGUGGCUGUCGAAAAGCUUGGGAGUCCCGAGGAAAGCUAUGAGGAUUUCACUGCCUCUCUCCCUGCUGAUGAGUGCCGAUACGCUGUUUUUGAUUUCGAUUUCAUCACUGAUGAGAACUGUCAGAAGAGCAAGAUUUUCUUUAUUGCUUGGUCACCGGAUACAUCAAAGGUGAGAAUGAAGAUGGUAUAUGCAAGCUCCAAGGAUAGAUUCAAGAGGGAAUUGGAUGGCAUUCAAGUUGAGUUGCAAGCAACGGAUCCAAGUGAAAUGAGCUUCGACAUUAUAAAAGCACGAGCUAUCUAAAAGUUUUCUUGUCUUCUUUCGUCGUCUUUUGCGUUUCUUACUUAUUAUGAGCUUUACAUUUCUCGUUUUGGUUGGCAUUUGGUUAAUACUGAACCGCGUAGGGUUAUGUAAUAUUAUGCAUUCUUUUGUUAUGUUUCACAGUUCCGAAUAUUCGUGUCAAGUAUAUGUUUUGCUUGCACAUGUUGCAUCCUGAUUUUGAACAUUUUGUGAAGUUGUAUUUUGUAUACACAAGAUGAGAUUAUUUGUUGUGGUAAUGAGAAACAUGAAAUUGUUA